AUGUCGUCCUCCACCCCGCCCUGGAAAGCCAUCGCCGCACGCAAACAGGCCUCCCGCGCCGCCCGCAUCCCCUCCAAAUGGCUCAUUCCCGCCAGCGCCCUGCCCCAGGACCCCCCAACCCUCCAACACGGCCGGCAGAACGUGCUCAACGUGCCACGCCAGUUCCUCUCCCGGGCCGAGAUCGCCAUCACCGAGGACUACACCGUCGAGACACUCCUGUUGGCGCUGGCCGCGGGCAAACUGUCCUGCACCGAGGUCGUCGACGCCUUCUGCCACCGCGCCGCCAUCGCCCAGCAGCUCACCAACUGUCUGACCGAGCCGCUGUUCGACGCCGCCCGCCAGCGCGCGACGGAGCUUGACGCCUACCUCGCCCGCCACGGCCACCCGGUCGGCCCCCUGCACGGCCUGCCCGUCUCGGUCAAGGACACCUUCAAUGUCCGGGGCGUGGACACGAGCAUCGGGCUGGCGUCGCUGUGCGAGAAACCCGCGGCCGACAACGCGCCCCUGGUCGACCUGCUGCUCUCGCUGGGCUGCGUGAUCGUGGCCAAGACCAACGUGCCGCAGACGCUCGCGUCACUGGACAGCGUCAACAACGUUUUCGGCCGCACCAUGAACCCCAUCAACCGGCUGUGCACGGCCGGUGGGUCCAGCGGCGGCGAGGGCGUGCUGGUCGCCAUGAAGGGCAGCCUCAUCGGCAUCGGCACCGACAUCGGCGGCAGCAUCCGCGUCCCUGCCAUGUGCAACGGCCUGUACGGCUUCAAGCCCUCCAACAAUCGCCUCCCCUACGGCGGCCAGGCCCUGACGGGGCGCGCCGGCAUGAGCCGCACCAGCGUGCAGGCCGUCGCGGGGCCCAUCGCCCGCAGCGUCCGCGACAUCGACGUCUUCAUGCGCGAGGUGAUCCCGCGCGCCAUCCUGUGGGGGGAGGACUGCAUGCCGUGUCCGUGGCCCAGUCCGUCAUCGUCGUCGUCGUCGAUCCAGGGCAGCGGCCCCAACGGCGAACUGGUGAUCGGCAUCCUGCGCAGCGACGGCAACUGCACGCUGCUGCCGCCCAUCAUGACCAUCCUCAACGAAGUAUCCAUGGCGCUCUCCGGCGCGACCGCGACCACAGGCACCCGCAUCAUCGUCAAGGAACUUCUGACCCCGCGCGCCUGGACCCGCGCGCAGUCGGUCAUGAGCAAGCUGAUGGGCGUGGACGGCGGGGUGGCCAUGGGCGAAAUGAUCAAGGCCACCGGCGAGCCGCUGGUGCCGUGGAUGCAGACGCGGUUCCGGUCGGGCGCGCCGCAGCCGCUGGAACGCGUGGCCGAGCUGCAGGCGCAACGGACGCAGCUGGAGCGCGAGAUGCUGAACCUGUGGAGCGAGGAGGAGGCGGUUGACGACGCUCUGACCGGCCAGCAGCACCCUCGCCGGCGUCGCCAGACGCUCGACGCCAUCGUCUGCCCCAUCGCCCCGCACCCGGUGCCGCCCAUCGAGGGCUACAACGCCGUCGGCAUGACCUCGUCGUGGGUGCUGUUCGACUACCCCGCGGGCACGGUGCCGGUGCGGCCCGUGGUCGAGGCCGAUCUGGAGCUGGGCAGGCCCCUGGCCGCCGGCACCGUCUUGGGCAGCUGGGACCAGAAGUGCCGCGAGCUGUGGGACGAACACGUCACCGACCGCCGCGUCUAUCUCGACACCCCGCUGAGCGUGCAGGUCGUCGUGCAGCGCGGGAGGGACGAUUGGUUGUGCACCGUUAUGGGCGUGAUUGACGAAGUCAUCAAGGCCCAGUCAUCAUCUACUUCAUCGGCUUCGUCAGGAGGUGUCAAGGCGAGACUGUAG